UCUCAUGAGGGAGGGUUGGUAAGAGCAGCAUCCCCAUACAGGGAGAGAGAGGCUGCAACAAGAACGAGGCCGGCUGCUCCUUGGGAUCAUAUACAACAGAUAUAGUCGUCCGAUCAUCGAUCUCUCCAAGAAUGGGAAAGGGUAAAUUUACUGCAAGUGCUUCAAGCAUGAAGAAUGAUGUUGAAAGGGGAAGGGCAUCAAAUUAUGGAGGACGACAAGGUAAGUGCUUCAAACAUUGACGAGAAAACUUUAAAGGCUAGCGCAUCAAAUAUGAAAAUGGCUAGGGACUUGGACGAAGGAUAUUAUGAGAUUGACAACAAAGGAUGGGAACUUCGAAAUGUUUGGCUUGAUCUGGAAGGAUUAAGGGAGUUGCCCCCUCAAAAGGACCGGGCUGAUGAAUGUUGUAUCUUCAGGGUUCCCAACUCACUUCGAGACAGAAAUCCAGAAGCCUACACUCCACAGCUGAUUUCAAUAGGUCCUUUUCACCACAAUGAUGAAAGACUAGAGACCAUGGAAACGCUGAAAAGAAGAUAUCAAGGAGAGUUCCUUAAAAGGAAUGACAUGGAUGAGAAGAACUUUAUGGAUUUUCUAAGAAGCAUUCAUAAAAAAGAAGAGAGUAUCCGACUCUGUUAUUCAGAGAGCUUCAGGAUCCACACAGAACGUUUUGUAAAGAUGAUCGUGCUGGAUGCUGUCUUCAUCAUUGAGUUUUUGAAGGAUUCAUAUGAUGAUGACUUUCCUCAAAAUCUUGAUACCAGGAUGAUAUCUUGCAUAGGAGAAGACUUGAUGCUGCUUGAAAACCAACUACCUUUCUCCGUUAUCGACUCUAUAUAUAGCGAGUUUUAUCACCCUCGCCAAGAUGACAUUUCUUUUCUUGAUCUUGCCACCCGUCAUUUUGGAAAGUACCAACUUGCACGAAAGCCAGAAACCACACCGCCGACAGAAGCACGGCAUUUCACUGAUUUACUAAUGAAUUUUAUGUUGAAAGGAGCCCUCGAGCGAGAAAAUCGCUCUAACCCUAUCAAGCUGAAAUAUAGCGCCGUCACGCUUCGCAAAGCAGGAGUGAAGUUUCAGGCCACCGAAGACAAGUGUUUGAUCAACGUACAGUUCGAGAAAGGAGUGUUGAAGAUACCACUCUUGGAAGUUGAUGAUUCCUUGGAACGUCUUGUACGAAAUGUCAUGGCCUGGGAGCAGUGCUACAAACCGAGUGAAGCUUACAUCAGCAACUACUUUAAGUUUAUGGACCAUCUUAUUGACAGGGCAGAAGACGUGGCUUUGCUAGCUGAAGAGGGAAUUAUUAAGAACUGGGUUGGUGACGACGCCGCAGUUUCAAAGUUGAUGAACAACCUUAGCCAACGUUGUGAAAAAACUUCUUAUUAUAGUGAUAUCUGUCAAACGAUGAAUGCCUACUAUGAGAACCCCUGGAACCGUAGAAAGGCAACCUUGAAACUCGUAUAUUUCAGCAAUCUUUGGAGAGGUACAGGAACUGUUGCUGCAGCUUUCCUUCUAAUCCUCACUUUGAUACAGACUAUAACUUCCCUGAAAUCGUCAUUCUAGGAUUAAAUCUUCUUUAGUUUUAUUAAUCCUCCGCAAUAAUUGAUGGGUUUGUUAUUGUUGUAUUCCUUAGAAAUUGUUGUUUUAAUUUUAGUUCAAAGCUUGCGUAGCUCUAAAUGUAGCUAUUUCUUGUUGUAUUGUCCUGAAACUGAUUCUGUUCUUGUUCCC